AUGGAAAAUAGUUUGGUGAGGCACAUGAAAAUACAUACAGUUAAUAAACCAUACAGCUGUGAGAUUUGCAAUAAAGCCUUUUCUGAGAUAGGCCAUCUUGUAAAGCACACUAGAGUACAUACAAAGGAGAAGCCUUAUAACUGCAAGAUUUGCAACAGUGCAUUUUCACGAAAAAAUAAUCUGGUGAGACACAUGAGAACACAUACAAAGGAAAAGCCAUACAGCUGCGAGAUUUGCAAUAAGGCCUUUUCUGAAAGAGGUCACCUAGUAGCGCACAUUAGAGUACACACCAAGGAGAAGCCAUACAGUUGUGAAAUUUGUAAGAAGGACUUCACAGAAAAAUCUAAUCUAACAAGGCAUGUGAGAGUACAUACAAAGGAGAAGCCAUACAAAUGUGAGAUUUGUAACAAGAACUUUUCGCUUAGAGCUAAUCUAGUGAGUCAUAUGAGAAUGCAUACAUAGGAGAAACCGUACAGCUGUGAGGUUUGUAACAAGGAUUUUUCACAGAAAAAUCGUCUGGGAAGUCAUAUGAGAGUACAUACAAAAGAGAAGCCAUACAGCUGUGAGAUUUGCAACAAGGCCUUCUCAUAAAUCUGAUCCAUAUGAGAGUACUUAUAAAGGAGGAGUCAUAGUGCUGUGAGAUUUGUAAUGUAUUUUCAUGGAAACAGAUUAUGACGAAUCACAUGAGAGUAACAAUUAAAAGGUGUACAUUUCCUCUUGACAUUAAUAGGAAAGAAAUUUUCUAAAUUUUGCAGAAUCUCUUUAUAUAUAUAUGUGUGUAGAUAGAUAGAUAUAUAGGUAUAUAUUACACCUUAAUGUGUAGUUCUUUUUAACCAUAAACUUUUAUACAUUAUGACUGGUAUUUGAGUCCCCACAGAAUAUUUAUUUGGGCAAACUCAUGUCACUGAUCAGAGCAGUCAACAGCUACUCCUGGUCAUAGCAUUUAAGGAAGCUGCUCCUCUGCCACUUAAUAUGGUGAAUGGAAGUUGUUGGC